AUGCCAUCUGUGGCAUCUGAAGCCCCUCUGUCCGUUGUCUCCAACAGCGUCCAUUCGAAUUCUUCGUCGUUGGAAGGCCCUCCGAGAAAGUCCCACGACAAGACGAUCAGCGGCGUCUUUACCUACACAAACGGGACCGAUGUCGAGGCCGGAUUGUCUGAUCACAGACUGGAUCAGCUCAAGAGCCUGCGCAACAAUACCAGUCACAGCUCCCUAACAAAGGGUAUCCCCAAUGGCAACGUCAAGGCGCCCCUGCGGGAUCGCACGCAAUCCAAGGCCGGCAGCACCAAUUCGGCCGCGAGUACGAAUGCCGCAAAGUACACUGAACAACUUUCGAGAAGCCCGGCUUCGUCAGAAGGACCACUGACCAAGUUGUCUAGCGUCGAGAAUGUGGGAGAACAAUAUGACGAUCAGAGUAAUGGCAUCCAUGAACAAUCGCCCUGGCCGCAGUCGACACCGGAGUUGGGUAAAUUGAAAACGAACAUCCCUCCGACAAAGCCGGAGUACGAUCCCUACCACAUGGUCACCGCCUCUACUGUCCCAGACUCUGCACGAUUAGAUGGAGAGACGACCUCCGGUGGCCUCUCUCGUGCUCCUGCACCAGCCCUUGCUCGUUUCUCCUCCCCGCCCGCUAUGUCCCCGGGUGCUUCAAUACAAGAUCGAUACCCCGAAUCGUCAUUGAACCCUGAGCCCCCGAAACUAACACACCGUCACACCCUACAAGUUCCGAAAGCAGGCGGCAUUGGCGCAGUCGGCCGGAGCUCGCGCGACUUCUCCUUCGCAGGCGGCCCCUCUGAAGAAGCGCUCUCCACCACCACUGGUCGCUUCUCCCCUACACGAGAACAGCACGAUGGAACUGUGGUGAGGAACAGACGAGCGUCACUUGGCUUGGUUCGUAGGACAACUCGGUCCAUGCAAUCAGAUGCCCAUCUCGACGAAGUUCCUCCCGAUGAAGAUGCAGCACGUUGGACGGAGCUCAUCAAGCAGAAACGUGCGAGUAGACGCAAAAGAAAAGAGGACGAGGAUGACGACCGCGUCAUUGUUGGCAAAAAGGUUGAGGAGGGCCACGUCAAUUGGGUUACUGCCUACAAUAUGUUGACCGGUAUUCGAUUUACUGUGUCGAGAACGAAUGCAAAGAUGGACCGGGAACUGACGGAUGCCGACUUUGACGCAAAACACAAGUUCAGCUUCGAUAUCACCGGAAAUGAACUGACACCCAGCGCCAAAUAUGACUUCAAGUUCAAGGAUUACAGCCCCUGGGUCUUUCGGCACCUCAGAGCCAUCUUUGGGCUUGAUCCGGCCGACUACUUGGUCAGUCUCACCAGCAAGUAUAUCCUCUCAGAAUUAGGCAGCCCCGGCAAGUCUGGCUCCUUUUUCUACUUCUCGAGGGACUACAAGUACAUCAUCAAGACGAUUCAUCACGCCGAGCAUAAGCUGCUUCGGAAGAUCCUGCGGGAUUACUAUCGACAUGUACUGGAUAACCCCAACACGCUGAUAAGUCAGUUUUACGGCUUGCACCGGGUCAAAAUCCCCUAUGGGCGCAAGAUCCAUUUCGUGGUCAUGAAUAAUCUAUUUCCACCCCACCGAGAUAUCCAUCAAAUGUUCGACCUGAAGGGAUCCACCGUUGGCAGGGACUUUAGUGAGGAAGAUUUGGCCAAUAACCCUAGGGCGACGCUGAAAGACAUGAAUUGGUUACGGAGAGGGUUGCAUCUCGAAUUCGACGCUCGAAUACGACAGAUAUUCCUAGACCAGAUGAAACGAGACGUUGCUCUUCUACAGAGGCUUCACAUUAUGGAUUACUCCUUGCUAGUUGGUAUGCACGACCUGGAGAAGGGUAAUGAGGAGAAUUUGAGAGAGACAACGCUGCAAGUAUUUCAGCCUGGUGGGGAGAAUAACGAGGACGACUAUUCAUCCUCGGUCUUGAUUCGGACCCCCUCGCGACUGGAGAACGCGAGAAAAGCGCGAGAAUUGAGGAUGACGCUGAAAAGGGAGAAACCUGUCCCCAUGGGCAUGGUGAGUGCAAAGAUGCCGUCUGAGAUGGCCUCCGGGGAUGAACGACGGGAUCGCAUAUUCUACAGUGAUGAUGGUGGAAUUCGGGCUACGCAUGAAGAUGGGCGAGGUGGUGAAUUGAUUUACUACCUUGGCAUCAUUGAUUGUCUGACCCAUUAUGGUAUGAUCAAAAGAAUUGAGCAUUACUGGAAGGGUCUUUCGGCGCCACGAGGGCAGAUAUCGGCUAUCCCUCCACAAGCAUAUGGAGAACGAUUCAUCAAUUUCAUCACUGGGAUCACCAUGACCCAAGAAGAAGCUCAGAGGCGAGAAACUGAGGAGAGUCGCCGCGUCGGAGAACCGGUACCGAUACUCGCAGCAUCGGCGGAGGGUAUGGGGCAGUCAUCAGGCGCGGCGACUACGGGUUUCGAGCAAUCUACCGUGCAAUCACCACCCAUGAGUCCAGCGGUCGAGAGGACGAUGAGAAAGGCUCACAAACAAACCGACAAAUCGACACCAUCUGAGAAGGGUUGGGGUAGAAAUGAAGAGGAGAAGCCGGAGCGGACAUUGAAAACAACAGAGGAUUCACGUGCCGCCAUGACACUGCCUGUCGUCACGGAAGCCGGUGAAAGCGCGGGGUCAAGCGAAAAGAAACGGGCGUUGAGUCCACCGAAUGAGGCGGAAGAGGAACGAGAAGAUUUUGCGUCUCAGCUAACCUCAUCUCCUGUUCCCAUCGGCUCGUCACUUCCGGGGGUUCGCAGAGUUUCACCUUCGACGUUGGCAACGGCAACAGAAAGGGGAGAAGACGACACGAGCAUGUCAAGUCCACCGACCCAACCGCUUGAUUUGGAACGAGAAUCGCUCUCCGACAACGACACCCACUCGCUGCACAAUCGGAGCUUGGAAUUGGGGAGAGAGUUCAACGAGAAGCCACCGCGAAUAGCAAGCGAUCUGAUCCAGCCUCAGUCCCCUCUUCAGGAUAGCGUGCUGAGGUCGCUCGAUGAGCAGAUGCGGGAUUCUGGCCGGGACCAUUGA